UCCUUAACUAAUCACCAAACCCGCUUUCUUGCAGCAAUGGAAGAAGCAGCAAAAGUUGAGAUUGUGUCCAAAAACACCAUAACGCCUUCAUCUCCAACGCCAUCUCAUCUUCAACACUUCAAACUCUCCCUCCUUGAUCAAUUAGCUCCUCGCUCUUUUUACGUUCCCGUUGUCCUUUUCUUUUCUUCUCCCUCUGAUGAUGAUCUUUGUUUCACCAAAAUAUCCCAAAAGUUAAAGUCUUCUCUUUCACAAGUUCUCACUCUCUACUACCUAUUUUGUGGAAGAUUCAAAGGAGGUAAAAGCAAUGUCCAUGUGGAUUGCAAUGACCAAGGUGCUCUUUAUCUUGAGGCUAAAAUCCCAGUUAAGCUCUCAGAUUUCCUCAAGAGAAAUUCAAAACUUAAUGGGAUCAAAUUGUUUCUUCCAUUAGAUCCUUACAACCCCAAACAAGAGAAUGAUCAAGAACAUCCAUAUAUAAUGGAAGUUCAAGUUACUGAGUUUAGCUGCGGAAGUUUAGCAAUUGGUGUGUGUAUUUCACACUAUAUAUGUGAUGGAGCAACGAUAGCUUCGUUCCUUCAAGCUUGGUCAAAAAAAGCAAUGAAACAACUUGAAAAUGAUGCUGCUGCUGACGAUUUUUCUCCUAAUAUGGAAGCUUCUUUGCUUUUCCAAGCAAAAGAAGUAGAGAUAAACACAACAAGCCGAGUGAUGGGUGAGAAGAAUAUCUCAACAAGGAGAUUUUUAUUCAGUGACAAAAGCUUGCAGGAACUUAGAGAUAAAUUAAUUUCUGAAGACUCCUACCGUCAACCCACCAGAGUUGAAGCUGUGACAGCUCUGAUAUGGAAAUCUGCCAUGGAAGCUACUGGAGGAGCUUGUCAUCAUUCUCUGAUGUCACAUGCAGUUAACAUUCGCAGCCGGAUGGUGCCUCCCUUGCCUGAGACCACCAUAGGUAAUCUCUGGCAACAAGCAUUUUCUCCACUAAUGGAAGUAGACAAAUCAAAGGAGAUAAAGCUAAAGGAUUUGGCAAUGGUGGUGAGGGAAACCAUAAAAAAGAUUGAUAAAGAUUAUGUUACUAAGCUUCAAGGGGAUGCUAUAGGGCUUUUUGAGGUCCUUAAAUCGCUACAAGAAGUGAAGGUUUUGGUGAUGGAAAAAGGAGUUCCUUGCUAUAGCUUUAGUAGUUGGAUAAGGUUUGGGUUCUAUGAAGUUGAAUUUGGAUUUGGAAAGCCAAUUUGGGUUUGUACUGUUGGAGUUCCGAUCAGAAAUGUGAUCAUUUUGAUGCCCUCAAAAUAUGAAGAUGGAAUAGAGGCAUGGGUGACUUUGAAUGAGCUUCAUAUGACUCAUUUUGAGAAUAACCAACAACUUCUUCAGUUUGCUUCUUUUGAUUAUUAG